ACUUCAGACCAUGGGCGAGGCUGCUCUCCCCAGCCACGCAGGGGGAGCUGGCCACAAAGCGGCGGUCCGCAAGCUAGUGGAAGCAGGCAACUGGGUGAUGGUAGAAGCCACUGGGCAGAUGAACGGCAGCCUGAACCGGGCUGAGGAUAGCAAAGAACGAGUGGCCAUCCACCUCCAGCGUGAUGCCUCGAACAGAAUAGCAGGCAGUGACUGGCCAGAUCUGCACCACAGCCCCUGUACAAACUCCACCUCCCACAGUGAGGAGGUACAGGAUGGGACGUUUCCUGCUGCAUACAUUACAGCACCAGGCACAUCCAGGCUCAUCAGCCAGCAUCUCCAUCCAUCAGGCAGUGAGGCAGAGGGGAGAGGCCGCCCCUCAGUUCAACACAACGCCGUGGAGCUGUCGAGAAUGGAGCACCAGCAGAGAGCAGAGGCUCUGGAGCAGCAGCAGCAGAUGAAGAUCCUGGAGUGGGAGAAGAGGAUGAAGGUGCUGGCAUGGGAGCAGGAGCUGGUGAAGGACAAGAGGAGAGCAGCCCAACAGAAGGCAAAGGCUUUCAGGAUGAAGAAGGCAUACUACAAAGCCAAGUUAAAGAGGCUGGGCGAGGACAUGCCACCAUCAUCCUCCAGCAGCAGCGAUGAAGAGGAGAAAACGUCUGGCCCGAUGGGAUGAGCACGUUCUAAUAACAGUUGUUCGUGUUGAUGCUUGUUUCACUCUUGUGUACUUCUGUCUGUCUGUCAUGGAACUGUUACUAUUUUUAUACUUCGUUUUUGUACCAAAAUGAGAACGAUUCUCAGCUGCUUUAAAUGAGCUGGUCUUACACAGAGAGGGGAAAUUACUUUUUCUUCUAAAUGAAUAAUGGAAUUUUUGGGGGUAAAUGGCAGUGGUGAAGCAUCAAGUAGAAGUAGUACUACUUCAGUUCCACACUACUCAAAAAUACAAGAGUAGCUCUUUAUGAAAACUACUCUGAACAGUUACUCUUUCCAUAGUUACAAGAACCACCAACCACUUCCUGCCCAACGUGACGACCAUCUUCUCUGUACAAGUGAGCUUUCUUCCACAUGGCCUUAAGAGAGAAUCAAAGAGAUUCAAGUUAAUGCUUUAUUUGAAUUCAACCCAAAAAUGGUACUAACUUUAGAAAAGACCUGUAAAAUACAUUGAAAUGCUACAGAAUACGAAUCAAGUUACUUUGCACACAUGUAGAAAGAACUGUGUGAACUGGUUGAGAUUUUUAUAUAUAGCUUAUUUAUUGCAGUGUAGCUUCAUAUCCUAGGUAAAGAUGAUUUUAAAGAAUGUGUUGAGAUUAAAUCUAAUCACUAGUUUUUUUUUAACAAACUACUGGUGAAGCUUAGUUUGCACUGCAUGUGAAUAUGAGUAUGUAAGAGGUUUUUGCUUUGUAAAUAAAUUUGCAUUUGGCACAAAGUUUGAGUUGACUACAGACAAAUCACAGAAAACACCAGAUUACCUUGUUGUAGUGGAUGUUUUUUACUGU